AUGGAUGUGAUCUUUUAUGAGGAUAUAUUUCCUUUUUCAUCAUCUCCUACUUCUCCUUCUUCUGUCUUUCCUGCUCCUUCUUCCUCUCACCUUUCUGAUCCUUCCACUCCUUCUUCUUCAUUUCCCAUUCAUUCUUCUCAUGCACUUGUAUCUUCUACUAGUUCCUCUGCUUCUUUCCCUGCAUCUCUCUCCCAUGUACUUAGGAGGCAUUGUGGUUCUUCUAUUGUUCUGUUGGUUGUGUAUGUAGAUGACAUCAUAUUGACUGGAAUUGAAGUUGCCUAUGUUCCUUCUGGCCUGCUAUUGCAACAAAAGAAAUUUAUCAGAGAUCUUCUCAAAGAGUACCAUAGUGAAUAUGUCAGUUCUGUUACUUGCCCCAUUGAUUUGAAUCACAAAGUGAAGGCUGAUAUGCGUGAACUUAUGCUAUCUCCUGAGCUACAUAGAAGUCUGGGUAAGCUUAACUUCCUUACCCAUAUCAAGCCUGAUUUAUCCUUUGCAGUGCAGCAUCUGAACCAGUUUCUUCAUAGCCCAUCUAUUUCCCUUAUGCAUGUUGCUUUGCACAUCCUCAGGUACCUUAAGGGGUCCUCUGAUAUUGGGGUGUUCAUUAGUAACUCUCAUGAUCUCUCCUUAUCUGUAUAUUGUGAGAGGGACUGGGCUGCAUGCCCAGACACCAGGAGGUCAGUGACUGAUUUAUGCAUUUUGUUAGGUGAUUCUCUUGUUGGCUGGAAGGCAAAUAAACAACCUGUUGUGUCUCUUUCUUCAGCUGAGGUUGAACACAGAGCCAUUAGUAAUUGUAACUGA